ACUUUUCUUCUCACCUUCUCUCCACCUUCCACCACAAACCGUUUCCAAAGUCAUAAUAAUAUUCCUCUAUAGAAGGAUCUAGAAACCCCUAAACUGCUCUUUUAUACCCCAUUCCUCUCUUGCAACUUCCUCACCCUGCAUUCAUCUUCUUCUUUCAAUCCUCUGUAAAUUCUCUAUUUUCUUCAUCAAUGGCGGACACCGAGACCUUUGCGUUUCAAGCCGAGAUCAACCAGCUCUUGAGUCUCAUCAUCAACACCUUCUACAGCAACAAGGAGAUCUUCCUUCGUGAACUUAUUAGCAACUCGUCUGAUGCUCUGGAUAAAAUUCGCUUUGAAAGCUUGACUGACAAGAGUAAGCUAGAUGCACAACCCGAGCUUUUCAUUCACAUCGUUCCCGACAAGACCAACAACACCUUGACCAUCAUUGAUAGCGGAGUUGGAAUGACCAAAGCUGAUUUGGUGAACAAUUUGGGUACCAUUGCAAGAUCUGGUACCAAAGAGUUCAUGGAAGCGAUAGCUGCGGGUGCUGAUGUAAGCAUGAUCGGACAAUUUGGUGUCGGUUUCUACUCUGCCUAUUUGGUUGCUGAUAAGGUUGUGGUGACAACCAAACACAACGACGAUGAACAAUACGUUUGGGAGUCUCAAGCAGGCGGGUCGUUUACAGUGACUAGAGACACCUCUGGUGAAUCUCUUGGCAGAGGAACCAAAAUGACACUCUACUUGAAAGAAGACCAGCUAGAAUACCUUGAAGAACGCAGGCUUAAAGAUCUGAUCAAGAAGCACUCAGAGUUCAUCAGCUACCCAAUCUCUUUAUGGAUCGAGAAAACCACCGAAAAAGAGAUUUCUGAUGAUGAAGACGAGGAGGAGAAGAAAGAGGAAGAAGGGAAAGUAGAGGAAGUUGAUGAGGAAAAAGAGAAGGAAGAAAAGAAGACGAAGAAGAUCAAGGAAGUGUCUCAUGAGUGGGAUUUGGUAAACAAACAAAAGCCGAUUUGGAUGAGGAAACCCGAAGAGAUUACGAAGGAUGAAUAUGCUGCGUUUUACAAGAGUUUGACCAACGACUGGGAAGAACACCUGGCUGUGAAGCAUUUCUCAGUUGAGGGUCAACUCGAAUUCAAAGCCAUUCUAUUUGUUCCCAAACGGGCUCCAUUCGACCUAUUCGACACAAAGAAGAAGCCGAACAACAUCAAGCUUUACGUCCGACGUGUCUUUAUCAUGGACAACUGUGAAGAACUGAUUCCGGAAUACCUCAGUUUUGUAAAGGGUAUUGUGGAUUCUGAAGAUCUUCCGCUUAACAUCUCUAGAGAGAUGUUGCAGCAGAACAAGAUUUUGAAGGUGAUCCGCAAGAAUUUGGUGAAGAAGUGCAUUGAGCUGUUUCAAGAGAUUGCUGAGAACAAGGAGGAUUACAACAAGUUUUAUGAAGCUUUCUCGAAGAAUCUUAAGUUGGGUAUCCAUGAGGAUUCGCAAAACAAAACUAAGCUCGCGGAACUUCUUCGUUACCAUUCGACGAAGAGCGGAGACGAGAUGACCAGCUUGAAGGACUACGUGACCCGGAUGAAGGAGGGUCAAAACGACAUUUACUACAUCACGGGUGAAAGCAAGAAGGCCGUUGAGAACUCUCCGUUUUUGGAGAAGUUAAGGAAGAAGGGGUACGAGGUGUUGUACAUGGUGGACGCGAUUGACGAGUACGCGGUCGGUCAACUGAAAGAAUUCGAGGGAAAGAAGUUGGUUUCCGCAACUAAGGAAGGGUUGAAGCUUGAAGAAACCGAGGACGAGAAACAAAAGCAAGAAGCGUUGAAAGCUAAGUUUGAGGGUCUGUGCAAGGUGAUCAAGGAUGUGUUGGGUGACAAGGUGGAAAAGGUGAUUGUUUCGGACCGUGUGGUGGAUUCCCCGUGCUGUUUGGUUACCGGUGAGUACGGGUGGACCGCAAACAUGGAGAGAAUUAUGAAAGCGCAAGCGUUGAGGGAUUCAAGCAUGGCUGGUUAUAUGUCGAGCAAGAAGACUAUGGAGAUCAACCCCGAGAACCCGAUUAUGGAGGAGCUGAGGAAGAGGGCUGACGCUGAUAAGAACGACAAGUCGGUGAAGGAUUUGGUGAUGUUGCUGUUUGAGACGUCGUUGUUGACUUCUGGUUUCAGUUUGGAUGACCCGAACACGUUUGGCAACCGGAUUCAUAGAAUGUUGAAGCUCGGUUUGAGCAUCGAUGAGGACGGUGAUGGUGACAUUGACAUGCCUGCUCUUGAGGAAACUGAAGGUGAUGCAGAGAGUAAGAUGGAGGAAGUUGAUUAAGUGGAAAAAUUUCUAGUUUUUGAUUUUGAUAUGCUGCUUUUACUUUUGUUGGAUUUGGUGGUUUUUCUAAACUUUUAGUCAUUCUGGUUAUGGCAUUUUUUUUUAAAAUAUUUUGCAAGGGCUCCAAAUGAAAAUAACUUUCAACAAGGUCAAUCCCAUUGGUCCUAUACAAAUGGCCAUUCUAGUUUUUCAGUUAUCAAAUUAGCUCUGUUUGUAUGCAAGGAUGUUUGGGUACACGAAGGUGAGCUCGCUAAUAAACAAUCUCGACCAGAUUAUGAUUA